CCCCCCCUCUCUCUCCGUACACACACACAGUCACAAAAACACAAAGCCAUCAUUUUUUUGGCCAUGUUUAAUACAAAAAUGUUGGGUUAGUUUACACAAUUACGAUACCAAUCCAUACUUACACACCACCACCAUCACCAAGUCACCCACCACCCAAUCCCUUUUCUCUCUUUUAUAGCUACUUCUUCUUCUUCUUCUUCAUCGAAACGAAAAAGAAAAAGAAGGGAGACCCGAUAAAGAAAGAAACAACAAAAUACCAAUCCUCUUCUUCUUCUUCUUCUUCUUCUUCUUUCAUUGUUCACCCAGUUCCCAGUUCUGCUUUUUUUUUUUUUUGCUCCAUCCGUAGCUUGUUCUAUCCGUCCAGAUUCUCUUGUGUUGUGUGUUGUUUGAUCGGUUGUUCUAUGUGUGCUGUUGGGGGUGGAAAAUAUCGGAUUCCCUUGUUGGAAAGGGUGAAGCUAAGGAGUGCCAGCUUUUUGAUUAAAUCACUUUCCAACUGGAACUAAGGUUCUUGGCUAUUGUUAUUUAUUGUUUCAUUGUUCUGGAGGAUAGAGAUAUAAAGUGCUUGGCUUUUGCAUGGGAAAAGAAUGCCAGAUUUGCAAGUUGGAGUUCGGCGAUCACAGAGGGUCAGAAAUAACCAGAACCCUUCUGGUGUAGUUGCUACGGCGACACGUGGUGGUAGGAGAGGACGUGGCAGAGGAAGGGGCUGCAGAGUGAUGAAUCACAACGAUAAUGGCAAGCUUUUGGGUCACGUUCGCCCAGGUUUGGAAAUGCCAGUUAGGCAACCAGUUGAGAGAAGUGCUGAAAAAUUGGUCGUUGGUGAAGAGGAAGGCAGCACAAGUCCUCUACCUGAACGGGUGAAACUUGGGAACUCUCCGGUGUACAAGAUAGACAGAAAGCUUGGGAAAGGAGGCUUUGGGCAAGUUUAUGUUGGAAGAAGGGUGUCGGGCGGCGCUGGGCGCUCAGGCCCUGAUGCUUAUGAGCUUGCUUUAAAAUUUGAGCACAAGAAUAGUAAAGGAUGCAAUUAUGGUCCUCCCUAUGAGUGGCAAGUUUAUAGCACCCUCAAUGGUUGUUAUGGGCUUCCCUUAGUCCAUUACAAAGGCCAACAAGGAGAUUACUAUAUCCUCGUAAUGGACAUGCUUGGGCCAAGCCUGUGGGAUGUUUGGAACUCUAAUAAUCAAAUGUACUUGCUUUCUGAACAGAUGGUUGCUUGUAUAGCAGUGGAGUCAAUAUCCAUUUUAGAACAGCUGCACUCAAGAGGCUUUGUGCACGGAGAUGUUAAGCCAGAGAACUUUUUGCUCGGUCAGCCUGGAACACCUGAGGAGAAGAAAUUGUAUCUAAUCGAUCUUGGUUUGGCUUCAAGGUGGAAGGAUUCAGCAUCUGGUCGUCAUGUGGAUUAUGACCAAAAGCCUGAUGUUUUUAGAGGCACCGUGCGCUAUGCUAGUGUACAUGCACAUUUGGGUAGGACAGGGAGCCGUAGGGAUGACCUUGAGUCCCUAGCUUACACCUUAGUAUUCCUUCUUAGGGGAAAGCUUCCAUGGCAAGGCUACGUGGGUGAAAAUAAAGGAUUUCUUGUCUGUAAGAAGAAGAUGGCUACUUCUCCUGAGAUGCUGUGUUGCUUGUGCCCUCCUCCAUUUCAACAUUUUCUUGAAAUGGUCACCAAUAUGAAAUUUGACGAAGAACCAAAUUACUCAAAGCUCAUAUCCAUUUUUGAUAACAGUAUAGGCUCCAAUGUCUUGCUACGGCCAAUUCUAACUGAUGGGGCCAUAAAGGUUGUUUAUUGGGCUGGCCAAAAGAGGGGAAGGUCUCUUGUUGACUUGGGAGACGAGGGCCAACCGAAAAAGAAAAUUAGGCUCGGGACCCCUGCCACACAGUGGAUUUCAGUAUACAAUUGUAGAAAUUCAAUGAAGCAGAGGGAACUCUUGACAUGCAGGUAUCAUUAUAAUGUUGUAGAUUCAAGGCUUGGGCAGCAUGUUGACAAAGGAAGGGAAGAUGGUCUGUUCAUUAGCUGCAUCGCUUCAUCUGCCAAUUUGUGGGCAGUUGUCAUGGAUGCAGGAACUGGGUUCAGUGCCCAGGUUUAUGAAUUAUCUCCCAUUUUCUUGCCCAAGGAGUGGAUAAUGGAGCAGUGGGACAAGAACUUUUACAUAACUUCUAUAGCUGGGACAACUAAUGGAAGUUCGUUGGUGGUUAUGUCAAAGGGGACUGCAUAUACACAGCAAUCCUACAAAGUUAGUGAUGUAUUUCCUUUUAAAUGGAUCAAUAAAAAAUGGAAAGAAGGAUUCUCUGUUACCUCAAUGACAACUGCAGGCAGUAAGUGGGGGAUUGUCAUGUCCAGGAAUGCGGGUUAUCCAAACCAGGUGGUUGAACUUGAUUUCCUUUACCCUAGUGAAGGGAUCCAUAGAAGAUGGGAGAAUGGAUACCGAAUUACUGCAGCAGCAGCUACAGCCGACCAGGCUGCGUUUAUACUUAGUACCCCCAAGAAGAAAACACCAGAAGUUGCUCAAGAAACCUUGAGGACUUCUGCUUUUCCUAGUACCCAUGUUAAGGAUAAAUGGUCAAAGAAUCUGUAUAUUGCCUCAAUAUGCUACGGAAGAACGGUAUCCUAAAGCUUCCGACUGGUUGGAGGAGGCCACCUGUCUCCCAAUCCAGAAUCAGGUUGUUGGGUUCACUUCUUAGCACUGGUGUAUUGCCUGCCUAAGAGUCUUUGGGGGAAGGAGCAAGAGUAAUAUCAGUAUGGCUAGAGAAUUCUGUUUUUGGUUGUUGUAGAGGGGUUACCAUAUCCAUCAAUGAUGAAGAAGAAGAAGACAUCCUUAAAGCGCGCGCGGUAGAAUGAGCCGCUGCCAGCAUCAGUAUUCAUGUCUUUUGACUGGCUCAUUCUGGUCUUUGCCUUAUUUUGAAAAAAGAAGCCAGAACAAAAAGGAAGUUAAAAAUGUUGUAUAGUGACUAAAAUCUAUAUUAUGACGGAGAAGGCUAUGAUGGCUGCCCUGUUGUUUGGAAACUGGUGUAAUAGUCUGGUAUACACAGUCCGAAAGGAACAUGGUGGGUUUAGUGUAUUUCAGUCUAAAGGCAAAGUCUGGAGGGUGCUAGGUUUGCUACAAGGAAAGGUUCCCCUAAGCCUCCUGUUGUAAUGUACUUUUUUCCCGAGAAAGAAGAAAAACAUACUCGGCUCCCCGCCCUCCCACCUAUUCUGCUCAUUAUUAUGUAUGUAUGGUCAGAUUGACUUAGAGAUUCAUCUCAUCCAUGUGUUUCCAUUUCUCUUUAGAAGAUUUGAUGACGUGCUUUCACAUCACCAAGUUAUCAAGCAAUGUCUCCAUUGCCUCUGCA